UGACUUGCCGUCGCGCGCCAGUCUCCGCCCUUUGCUAUAAAACGCGGCUGCCCGCAUUCUUCCGGUCUUCUGCUCCCACGUCAACCGGUGCCACUUUCCCGUAAACCCAACGUGAGCUCUUUUGUUCAGUAUCAUGGCCGAGAUGAAGGAGCGCACGUUCAUUGCCAUCAAGCCCGAUGGCGUGCAGAGGGGCAUCAUUGGCGAGGUCAUCAAGAGGUUUGAGACCAAAGGCUUCAAACUCGUGGGCAUGAGGAUGGUCCAUGCUUCUGAGGACCUGCUGAUGCAACACUACAUCGACCUGAAGGACAGGCCAUUCUUCCCCACCCUCAUGAAGUACAUGACCUCUGGUCCAGUGGUUGCCAUGGUGUGGGAGGGCAAAGGUGUGGUGAAGACCGGCAGAGUGAUGCUGGGUGAGACCAACCCGGCUGACUCCAAGCCCGGAACCAUCAGGGGAGACUUCUGCAUCGACGUCAGCAAGAACAUCAUCCACGGCAGUGACUCAGUGGAGAGUGCCAACAAGGAGAUCUCCCUGUGGUUCAAAGACGACGAGCUGGUCUCCUACACCAGCUGUGCCUUCAGCUGGCUGUACUGAGCCCUCCUCUCCUUGCCUCACAUUUUCUGUUUGUGACCUUAGCCUAAAGCGGAGAAGUAGUCAUACUGUACUCGCUGAAGUCAUUCCUCUGCUCUAUUCCAUUUUUAGAAACAUUCCUUGAAAUGUACAGGCAAUGGCUGUCAUUUUUGUUAAAAGGUGAUCUUUCCAAUAAAACGAACACAAUACAAA